UGAGUGCGUUCGUCAAAACAGUACAAAGCCCAAGACGUCCUAGCGCCUGAGUGUGUUUUAGCUAGUCUUUUAGCGGAAUAAUAAUAAUACAAAUCAUUCUUCGCAGGCAUGAUUACGUUGACGGAAGGAGCGAUAGAGGCCUUGUCCAGUGGAAACUGUGGGAAUGAUGCCGUGCUUCAGUUGGUUAGCAUCCGUAAGAUUGAAGGUGGAAGCGGUCCAGCUCGCUUUCGUGUAAUGAUGAGCGAUGGACGACACACCAUGUCCUCCUUCAUGCUUUGCACGCAACUCAACUACAUGGCUGAAGAUAACCAACUGGCCCCUAACUGCAUCAUUCUUCUUAAGAGACACGUAACCAAUAUUCUCAAGGAUGGGCGGCGCGUGGUAAUCAUUUUGGAUAUUGAGGUCGUCACACCUGCGGCAGACGUCAACGGACGAAUUGGCAACCCGACACCUUACAGCGAUGGACAGAUUAAGGCCCCCCAGCAGGCUGCCCCGCCCAUGGCCUCACCCGCUGCGCCCCCAAGCCGCCCUCCGUUGCAGGCUCAAAUUGGAAAUGACCCGCCGUCCUCCACCUCCUUCCUCCCUCCAGUGAACAGAGCGGUCGGCAAAGAUUUCGGAAAGAAGCCAGCUGCGCUUGGGAUGUCGGGGGGACCCUCCAAAGUCGUGCCCAUCACCAGCCUGAACCCGUACCUAUCAAAAUGGACCAUCCGUGCUCGUGUCACCAGCAAGAGUAGCAUUCGCACUUGGAGCAACUCGCGGGGCGAUGGAAAACUUUUCUCCAUGGAGAUUGUGGACGAGAGCGGAGAGAUCAGAGUCACUGGCUUCAACAAUGAGGUGGACAAAUAUUUUGGGCUCAUCGAGGUCGGCAAGGUCUACUACAUCUCUAAGGGCUCCCUGAAGGUGGCAAACAAGCAGUACACAUCGGUGAAGAAUGACUACGAGAUCACACUGAACAGCGAGACUUCCAUCAUUCUGUGCGAGGACAAAUGCGAAGUCCCCGUAGUGCAAUGCAACUUCAUUUCCAUUGGCGACCUCGAGAAGAAGGCAAAGGAUUCCGUUGUUGACGUGAUUGGCGUCUGCAAGCGUGCGGAGGAAGUUACACGGCUCACCACUAAAACCAACCGGGAAGUCUCCAAGCGGGCUCUCACCCUGAUGGACACUUCCGGCAUGAUGGUGACACUUACUUUGUGGGGAGAAGACGCGGAGCAGUUUGACGGCAGCUCUCAGCCCAUCCUGGCCAUUAAAGGCGCCAAGGUGUCCGACUUUGGCGGCCGCUCACUUUCAGCAGCCUUCAGCAGCACCCUGAUGGUCAACCCGGACAUCCCAGAGGCAUACAAGCUGCGAGGCUGGUAUGACAAGGAAGGGCACAGCAUGGAUGGACAGUCUCUCACGGAGUUUAAAGGUGGCAUCGGUGGGGGAAACACCAACUGGAAGACACUGUCUAUGGUUAAGAUGGAGCACCUGGGACACGGAGAGACGGCCGAUUACUACACCUGCAUUGGCACCGUUGUGUACCUGCGCAAAGAGAAUUGCCUCUACCAGGCGUGCCCAAGCCAAGACUGCAACAAGAAGGUGGUGGACCAGCAGAACGGGAUGUUCCGCUGUGAGAAGUGUGACAAAGAGUUCCCCAACUUUAAGUACCGCCUUAUUCUUUCUGCUAAUAUUUCAGAUUACAGCGACAACCAGUGGGUGACCUGCUUCCAGGAGAGCGCCGAGGCCAUUUUAGGGCAAAACGCAGCUUACUUGGGACAACUCAAGGACUCGAAUGAAGCUGCCUUUGACGAGAUCUUCCAACACGCCAACUUUAACACGUUUGUGUUUCGCAACAGAGUGAAGUUAGAAACUUAUAAUGAUGAGUCCAGGAUCAAAGCGACGGUGAUGGAUGUGAAGCCCCUGGACCACAGGGAUUACAGUAAGAGGUUGAUCAUCAACAUCAGGAAAAUAGCUGCCCAGCAGGAAGGCGCACGGAAGGACUAGAAAAUGUAGAACUUUUUGCGCUUAACGUGGUGCAGCUCCUAUGAUUCCCCUCGCCCCCUCUUUGUUCUUUGUUCUUGUGUGUAAUCCUCUUGGCCCGAGAGAAUGUCGGGCCUCUCUUGAUCGAACAGUUCUUGUUUUGUAAGUGCAGUCACGCCAGCACAAGCAAGACUCUGCGAGACUUUAGUCUUAAGUCCGCCGGUUGGCGCUUCUCUCACCGCGGUCAUGGCUGGAGACGUCCCCACCCGCUUUUUCCACAAGCUGCAAGAGGCUGGACUCACCGCGAUAAGUCGUUUUCGCCAUUUUCCAUUUCUGACUUCUGAGCACAGCAUUUUUUUAUUGAAAUGGUGUGCAUUUGUUUGUCAGCCUUUUGACUUCUACAUUUUACUUUUCUUUUUUUUCUU